GGGAGGCGAGCAAAAAGGGUCGGGGCAGGGGGCCCGUUUUGGGGUGGGGAGCGGGAAAACAAAGAGCAGGUUCCGUCAACGCCAGCGCGGCCAGGUGGUGAGGAGGAGAGGUGCUUGGGCUUCCUGCUGCCAUGGGGGCGCAGGAUCGGCCUCAGUGCUUCUUCGACAUAGAAAUAAAUCGGGAACCAGUUGGUCGUAUCAUAUUUCAACUUUUUUCUGAUGUGUGUCCAAGGACUUGCAAAAACUUUCUCUGCCUAUGUACAGGGGAAAAAGGAAUUGGAAAAACAACUGGGAAAAAGCUCUGCUACAAAGGCUCCACAUUCCACCGUGUGGUUAAAAACUUCAUGAUACAAGGAGGAGACUUCAGUGAAGGUAAUGGAAAAGGAGGUGAAUCUGUUUAUGGAGGAUAUUUUAAAGAUGAAAACUUUAUUCUGAAACACGAUAGAGCAUUCCUUUUGUCGAUGGCAAACAGAGGGAAACAUACCAAUGGUUCCCAGUUUUUCAUAACUACAAAGCCUGCUCCUCAUCUUGAUGGUGUACAUGUUGUCUUUGGAUUGGUUAUUUCUGGCUUUGAAGUAAUAGAGCAAAUAGAAAAUCUGAAAACUGAUACUGCCAGCAGGCCAUAUGCAGAUGUGCGAGUUAUUGACUGUGGGUUGCUGGUUACAAAAUCGGCAAAGGAUGCAUUGGAGAAGAAGAGAAAGGUGUCUGCUCACUCAGAAGCUUCAGAUACUUCCAGCAGCAGCUCGUCUACUUCAUCAGAAUCAUCAUCUGACAGUGAAUCUGAAAGUGAGAGAAGUAGGAAAAGGAAACGCAAGCGGAGAAUGAAAGCUAAACAGUCAAAGAAGCGACGAAGGGAAGAGAAGAAAAAGGAGGAACCCAAGAACAAACGGGCAUCAAGCCAAAGAAGCCAUCUUAACAGAAGCGAAGAAAAUGAAAAAGCAGUGGACUCAAAUGUGAAGAGGGACAAGCCCGUGGUCCGUCCUGAAGAAAUUCCUCCAGUACCGGAAAACAGAUUUUUGCUCAGAAGAGACGCACCAGUUAUAAAUACAGAGCCUGAGCCGAAGCUGCUUGAUGUAGCCCCGGUUUUGAAUGACCAGAAGCCUUCAGUAUCUAAAUCUGGAAGAAAAAUCAGAGGGAGAGGCACAAUACGAUACCAUACACCACCUCGUUCUCGCUCAUGUUCAGAAUCUGAUAAUGAUGAGAGCAGUGAAACUCCUCCACACUGGAAAGAAGAAAUGCAGAGGUUAAGAGCCUAUAGGCCACCCAGUGGAGAAAAAUGGAGUAAAGGAGACAAGUUGAGUGACCCAGGAAGGUGGGAUGAAAGAAGUCUGUCUCAGAGGUCAAGGUCAUGGUCACAUAAUGGUUAUUCUGACCUAAGUAGUGCUAAAUACGGUCGCCACCACAAGAAACACCGGAAAGAGAAAAAGGCAAAGCACAAAAAGAAGGCCAAAAAGCAAAAACACUUAAAGAAGCAGAAGCAAAUUAAAAAGAAGAGGUUAUCUACUUCAACAGAGAAAGAAUCUUCUCGUUCUUCUGCUAGAAGGACAAAAUCACCUUGUGACCGGGAGAGGGUGUCCCGCUCUUCCUCACUUUCUUCUAGAGAUGACUCCUCCAGAAGGGACUGGUCUAAAUCUGAUAGAGAUAAGCAGAGCUCAUUGUCCCUGUCAAGCAGGGACUCCCGGUCAUACUACAGGUCUAGAACCAGAUCCAGAACCAGAUCUAGAUCUUAUUCCAGAAGAAGUUCUAGGUCAAGAAUGGCUUUUAAGUCUUCUCAGUCUAGGAGCAGAUCAAGAUCUAGGUCCAGUUCCAAGCAUCUGAAGAUGGUGUCCAGUUCACCAAAAAAUGUCGCAGCUCGUUUAAAUGAAUUCAAGCCUGUUGCAGUCGAACCUGUCAUGGCAGCAUUGCCACAAAAUGAUAAAGUUGUGAUACAGCCCGUUGUUGCCGAAAGCAUUCCAGUCAUAUCACUUAGUGACAGUCCUCCGCCUUCUAGAUGGAAACCUGGGCAAAAGCCUUGGAAACCAUCCUAUGAGCGAAUUCAGGAAAUGAAAGCAAAGACCACUCACUUGAUGCCUACCCAGACCGCCUACAGUUUAGCAAGUGUCAAAGACGCAAGCACAUCCUCUUCAUACCGUAAGCGACGAAAAAGUUCAGAUAGUGAUCGCAGUGAUUAUUCAAAAAAUCACAGCGAUAGAAGUUCAGAGAGUUGGCGAAGGUCGAGGAGCAGGACAUCUCGAAGUAGAUCCUACUCCAAGUCUUACUCCAGAUCCAGAAGUCCAUCCAGCUCAAGAUCUCGGUCAACUGUUAGAUCCCGUUCAGUGCAUAAAUUCCCCAGUGACCGGUCGUGCUACAGUGGGUCGUCAUCUUAUUUUUCUCUAAGUGAGGAUGAACGACAGAAAAGCAAAACGAAAGAAAGUGGGCACUUGUCAAAGAAGAGACAAAGCAGUUCUGAAAGUACUCUUCUGUAUGCAAAAGAUGCGGCUUCUCAGAAGCACAGGGAGAGCGUGAGUAGAUCCUCUCUGGACUUCUCCACGGAUAGUGAGCAGGUGACAAAACCACAGCCAGUGCAGGAAAAAGGGCCGUUGCAGCAAGAAAAAGCAAGCCGGAAGCGAAAGAAAAGCAGCACUGCUUGCGAUGGGAAUGAAGAAAAGCCCGGGUCUGAGUGGGGCAGUGACCAUUCAAAAAAAAGACUUUUGGAGGAGAAACUGAACUCCCCAAGAAGUGGUCGAAAAGCAAAAAGGAAAACGCGUGCCGAUAGUAAGUGGGACUCUGAAUCAAAUUCAGAAAGAGGCGGAAACAGGAACUCUAAGGAAGAUUCAAGAUUGUCUUCUAGCAAGGAGGAAGGUGAAGCCACCUCGGACUCUGACACAGAUCUCAGCCUCGCCAAGUGCAAGACAAAGUUGGAUUCCUCCUCAGGUACACUCAAGACGAGCAAGCAGUUCUCCCCUUCUGAGACGGAGAGCUCCCAUUCCAAUUCAGGGGCCAGGGGGAAAUCCAGAAAGCAAAAACACGGCUCCAAAAAGAACCUCAAAAAGACACAUUCCAAAAAAGCGAAGGAGAAAUCCAAGGGUAAAAAAGAAAAGAAGCAUAAGGCCCAAAAACGAAAGGAAACAUUUCACUGGCAACCGCCUCUGGAGUUUGGAGAAGAGGAGGAGGAGGAGGAAGAGGACAUUGCUGUAAAGCCACGCACCAAGGAUGAGAGAGAGAAGCCAGUCGUGACAAAAACAGAUAAAAAGCAAGAUCAGGAUUCUGAAAAUGAUAAAAUCCCCCAAGACCAAACGGGGAAAGACAAAAAGCUCAGUGAAGAGAAUAAAACUGGAGGCCAUACAUCACCUGCCGUUAAGAACGUUUGUAAAGUUAAUGGGGAAGAGGCAACAUCAGCACAUGCUCUAAAUUCAGAAAAAAAUACGGAAAUUUCAGAAAGCGCUGGUGCUGCCAAAGUAAAUAAUGAAAAUGAGGUGGAUGUUACCCAGAUGGAUGACAUGGAGAUUUGCACUCCAGAGCAUAAUUCGCCCGUGAAGGUUGAUGUGGAACUUUCUCCAGUAAGUCUGAAGGUGAACUUGCAGGACAUUAAAGUUAGCAAGAGCACAGAUGUGCCAAGUAGCUCUGAAGCGGAGAGUUCAAAACCAGGACUUGAUGCUAGAGAAUUGACUGGUAGCAAAGAAGGCAACACACAGAGAGAGAAACAAAGACCUAAGCCCGUCACGACCAUUGCUGCUGUGGAAUGUGUGCUGAAGACUGAGCUGGUGGAAAACCCUCAGAGCAUCGUGGCUGAUAAUAAAUGGAAACCGUUACAGGGAGUAGGGAACCUGCAGCCUGCAGCUCCGGCAGCUUCUAGUAUUCCUUCCGAAGCCAAAAGCGUGGCCUCGUCGUCUGAGUCAAAGCCACAAGGUUUAAGAAUAGAAAUUAAAAGCAAAAACAAAAUCAGACCAGGCUCCCUGUUUGAUGAAGUUAGGAAGACUGCCCGGCUGAAUCGGAGACCGAGGAACCACGAGAGCUCUAGCGAGGAGGAUUCUCCCACACGGGAAAACAGCCAGUCAAGGAGCCAUAGCCGGUCACGAAGCAAGUCGGACCCCAAAUCCAGGCAUAGAGCUAGAUCCCAUUCCUACAGUCACUCCAGAAGUCGAUCAGGAAGUUCCACCUCUUCUUACAGGUCACGGAGUUACACACGAAGCCGGAGCAGAGGAUGGUACAGCAGAGGCCACUCAAGAAGUCGAAGUAGUUCUUACGACAGUUGCAGGAGUCACAGUCGCACUUAUAGUAGAAGUCGGUCCAGAAGCAGCUCUUACGAUCACCACAGUCGAUCAAGCAGGUCCUAUACAUAUGACAGUUACUACAGCAGGAGCCGUAGCCGAAGUAGAAGCAAAAGGAGUGACAGUUACCACAGAUCUCGCAGUUAUGACAGACGGUCCAGGUCCUACGGCUCAGACAGUGAAAGUGACCGCAGUUAUUCUAACAACCGAAGCCCCAGUGAAAGCAGCAGAUACAGCUGAAAGCCAUAACCAUUGGAAAUGCGGAUUGUAUUUAACAGGGGUUUCCCCCCAUCAGUACUGUGCAGACCCCUUUUUCUCAGUAUUCCCAAAUAAAACUGACAGAUGCCUAGUGAGGUGAGGCCUUACAACUCUUGAGCACAACUUUUUCAUAUGCUGUCUUCUGAAUCCUGGAGUUAGAUUUAUCAAUCAUGAGAGAUUUGGAUCUGCAGAUAUCCUUAUGUAUUGAGAGAGGCCUGAUGUGUCAGAAUUACCUCUUGGGACUAACAAAUGGCUUCUAGCCUUUUCUCAAAAAUACGCUGGCAGCCAUGAGACUGUGAAGGAGGAAGAGGAGAAUACUGUUCCAAGAUUAGCUUCUUUGUAGAGUUACCUAAAAAGCUUGUAUUAUUUCAGUGGUGACGUGGUAUAAGCCUUUACACGAGCGGAGGUGGAUAAAAAGAUUUAAGGCAGGUAUUUCUGUCUUUCUGCAGUACAAUAUGUAAUACUUAGGUUCAGGUGCAAAGCUUCACAUCUCUUUCUUGGAAAAAGUAAAAAAAUGUAUAAAGAUGUAUAUUAAGCCUCAAAAGAUGGAAGCCUAGAGUUCUAUUUCAAUUCUGAAUCCAUGCUAUAAGAAUGUAGGAAUAAUGUUGCACCCUGGAUUUGUAAAAGCUGACCUAAAAAGCCUUUGACAUUCUUAGUCAUGUCUUUGAACACUGGGAAUAGUUUCAGUGGGGACUUUCUGACCACCCAACCUUCAGUGAAUGAGACUUGUACAAGAUAAUUUGGUGUUUGAUUUUUCCCACUGGCUUCAGAAUACCACCAGGUAUUUAUACUGUUAAGAUUUUAUACUGUAGCAAAGGAAGACAUGGGAGUUCAUUUUCAGUGUUCAGCACCAAAAAGAGUCUCAAAAGUGACAGCAAACUUUUUGUAAAUGGGUUUACAAACACUCAUUUUCAAUUCAAAAGCACUGUAUUUCUUCCAGUGCUUUGAUUCAGCAGUUAAAGAAUUGUUUGUAAAUGAACAUUUCAGUGUAAACAAAUUUUCAUAUGAAAUAGCGAUGUUUUCUAACAGCAGAACUAGCCCUUCUGAUAACUGGGUGUGACAGCAGAGGGGAAAAUGCUGUCUGUAACUGUAGUCGUGAUACUGAAUUUAACUUUCUAUUAUUUUGAAAUGCUGUAAAUUUCUUAAAUGUUAUAAAAUCCGGAUUUUUUUUUUGUCAAGAGCUAACAGCUGUACAUUUGAAAAUGUGAUUCUCCCCCCCCCCCCAUUGCAAUUAAAAAUAUAAACCAUUUAAGUA